AUGCAUCAAAUAGCUUAUGAGAGUGAUGUCAUUUGUUUUGAUCAACUUAGGAUGAAUAGGAAAGCAUUUAGCAAUUUAUGCAUAAUGCUUGAAACUAGGGGUGGGUUAAAAGCAUCUAAAUACUUGCAAGUAGAUGAGCAAGUGGCCAUGUUUUUACAUGUAAUUGCUCAUCAUGUGAAAAAUAGAGUCAUUAGAUUUCGAUUUAUGAGAUCUGGUGAGACUAUUAGCAAGUUUUUUCACAAUGUGUUACAUUCAAUCAUUCGACUACAUGGAGCGUUAUUGAAAAGACCUGAACCGGUUGUUGAAAACUCAACAGAUGAAAGGUGGAAAUGGUUCAAGAAUUGCUUAGGGGCACUAGAUGGAACUCAUAUUAGAGUGAGAGUACCUAUGGCUGAUAAACCAAAAUAUCGUACACGAAAAGGUGAAAUAGCUACAAAUGUCUUAGGUGUAUGCUCCCAAGACAUGCAAUUCAUAUAUGUGUUACCUGGAUGGGAAGGCUCUGCAGCAGAUGGUAGAGUUUUACGUGAUGCCAGACGUAGAACAAAUGGUUUGUGUGUUCCAAAUGAUGGUGGAUAUACUAAUUGUAAGGGAUUUCUUGCUCCAUAUCGAGGCCAACGCUAUCACCUCAACCAAUGGGAAGAUGGGAAUCCUCCCAGAAAUCCACAAGAGUUUUUUAAUAUGAAGCACUCAUCUGCUAAGAAUGUCAUUGAGAGAUGUUUUGGUGCAAUUAAGAAUCGAUGGGAAAUUCUUAGGAGUCCAUCAUUCUAUCCAAUAAAGACUCAAAACCGAAUCAUUUUAGCAUGUUGUUUGCUUCAAAAUUUUAUUAGGAGAGAAAUGCCUACUGAUAAUACUGAUAUGCAUCCAGAGAAUGAGAGUGAUAGUGGAGACGAAGAAGAUAGCAUGGAUGCUGAUGGAUCCAUAAGAAGUAUUGAAGCUUCUGAAGGGUGGACAACAUUUAGAAAUCAUUUAGCACUUGAGAUCAUGGAGACUUCAAAAGGAAGAGGUCCAGGACAAAAUAAAAGAUUUUGGAGUGAAGAUGAAGACAAACACUUGAUUGAAUCACUUAUGGAACUGAAUAAUGAAGGGAAGUUUAAAGCUAAAGGAAAUUUCAGGCUAGGUCAUCUUAGAGCUCUUGAGAUGAAAUUAAAGGAGCGGAUGCCUGCAUGUGAUAUACAAGCUAAGCCACACAUUGAGUCUAGAAUGAAGACUUUGAAGACUCAUUUUCAAGUGGUUCAUGAAAUGUUGACUGGACCAUUUUGUAGCAGAUUUGGGUGGGACAACGACAGAAAAACUGUUACUGCAGAAAAGUCAGUGUGGGAAGCAUAUUUGCAAAGUCACAAAGAAGCAGCCCCCUUCAAGAUCAAGUCAUUCCCUUGGUAUGAUGACUUAUGUAUGGUUUUUGGCAAUGAUCGUGCAACUGGAAAAAAUGCGGAGACUGCAGCAGAUGUUGUUGAAGAACUUCAAACUGAAGAAGAAAACACUACUCUUGGAGAAGAUGACUUCAACUAUGCUAACAAUGUGGAUGAAGUGCCAUCUAUGUCUGUUUCAGAUGCAACAAGAGCUUGUAUUAUCGCAAGAGAAAUUGAAAAAGCUUCUAUUUGUUUGAGUAAAGCUAUUGGUGAAGACAUGAAUGAAAAUCAUAUGCAACUUGGGAAAGAGUUAGAAAUGACCACUACACUUACCACAGCUCAACGUCAUAAGGUAGCUCGCAUGAUUAUGCAAGAUAAUGCUCUGGUUUCUUACUUUUUCAGUGUCCCAGAUAAUGAGAAGGAUGAAUGGGUGACACUUCUUCUUGAUGGCUCUCUCUGA